AGAGGCAGUAACUAGCAGGGAAAAAUAAGCAAAUAGUUUUUCCACUCCUUCAACGAUUUUCCGCACAUUUUUGAACAUACCGCGGCUUCCGUUUUGAAACCAGCGUGGCUGGGAGCACUGCCCAAAGCUGAAACAUGCAAACCUUGGCCUGGCAUGCAAACCUUGGUCAUUCGCCAAAACAAACCAAACCGCGCUUUCUUCACGCUUUUCCACGCUUCGGCGAAAAACUGAAAAAUUGUACGUAGUUUCGUUCUAAUUGCACAAUGAACUUCUCGUUCGGUACCCCCACUACAACGACCGCUACCACCGGUGGGUUUUCCCUUGGUGCGCCAGCUACUAGCACCGCACCGACUGGAUUUUCGUUCGGUGCAGCUCCGGCUUUCGGAGCAACCGCAGCACCGGCGGCCACCGGACUUUCGCUCAACCCAACGUCCGCUGCUCCGGCGCCUGCUUCAUCUGGCGGUUUGCCGACGCUGUCUUUUGGUGCAUCACUCGGAACCACGGGAGCUACAGCGGCCACAGGGAACGCGGUUGCACCGACAGCAGCAGCAGCAGCAGCCGGUACCGCUACACUUGGUGCAACGGCAACACCGGCAAACCCACUUGCACCCUCGCUCGGGGUCCCAGCCGUCACAACAGCAACCCCUGCGGCUGCCACGGCCGCUCCACUCACACUCGGUGGCUUCGGUUCGUCGAAACCGGCCGAACAACCGGCGGGUGCGCUGAGCAAUCCCGCGGUAACCACAAGCCAGCCAGCGACACUAACGCUCGGAACGACCAAUGCAACGACAGCACCACUGAGCGGAAGUACUGGGGCAACGGGAGCCAGCCUGACCACAACCACGCAGACGACACAGUCGGCCGCCGCAGCUUCCGGGCAGCAGCUGAAGUUUUUCCAGCUGGAAGAGUUCAUCAACAAAUGGACGCUUGAGCUUGAGGAACAGGAGAAGCUGUUUACCAACCAGGCAACGCAGGUGAACGCCUGGGAUAACAUGCUGCUGGCAAACGGGGAGAAGAUUGUGGCGCUCAACGAAGCCGUCGUGAAGGUGAAGGCAGAACAGAAUGCUAUGGAGCAGGAGCUGGAAUUUAUAACGGCUCAGCACACGGAACUGGAGGAGUGCAUCGUACCGCUGGAGCAGGAGCUAUCGCGCAACGUACAGAUUGAUCUGGAGCGUGGCCAAACCUACUCGAUGGCGGAAACGCUCGAUUCACAGCUGAAGCAGAUGUACGAGGAUCUGAAAGAGGUGAUCGAGCACCUGAACGAUGCGAACAAGUAUACCGAUCCGAACGAUCCGCUGGUGCAAAUCGGAAAGAUCCUGAACGCGCACAUGAACUCGCUGCAGUGGAUCGAAUCGUCCACCACCGCCAUCACGAACCGGUUGGAGGAAAUCAACAAAAUGCACGAAACGCUACGCAAAGACAACGAACGGUCGUUUCGCUUGACCUACUACGAUCAGUAAGAUGAUCAACAAUCCCCUAAAAAACACAAAAUUAUUCCCAUUAUCUAUGUGCUUUGUUAGCAGGAUUCGCAGAUGAUUACCCUGUCCUACCCUGUCCUGUACCCUGAUAUGUCCUUGCUGUUACCGCAAGAACGAUCAGCUGUAAGUUAAUAAAAUCUAAGCGAUUCAAGAACGUUUCGGGUCGUUUUCCAUGGAAA